AGCCUGUUAGGAGCGAGCAAAGUCUAUCAAUGGUCAUCCGAGUGUGGCAUCGAUCUGUUGGAGAUCCCCAACCAAUGGUGAUGGAGCGGUCGAUUGUUGGCAUCUGUGCCCCCAUGACAGCCGGCAUUCCAUCUAGGGUACACACUCGGCUUGACAUUCACACCCUCUCUGCUGAUUUACCAUCACAAAAGCCGUAGGAAGCUGCACUGCGGUCAGGAGAGUCAGUCCAGAUGGCCUUGUCGGUGCUGUGGCUGAUCCUAAUUCAUUGUGACCCAUGGACAGUACAUGCCGCAUGGUACAGUGUCGAGCCUCAACCAACGUCAGUUCUCCUGGGCGGCAGUGUCACGAUUUUCUGUGCAUUUGAUGGGAUCAACAAGAACGAUGCUGUUCACUGGUUUGGUCCACCAAACCUGCACUUUAUCUCAGAAGGAACGUCCGUGUCUGAAAAGUACCCGAGAGUGUUCGUAUCUGGCCAGGGAAACUCGGGGGACAACACGGGCGUGUAUAAUCUCAACAUACGAGACGUCAGGAUGGAGGAUGAAGGGGUCUAUAGAUGUAGCACCUUCUCACUCAAGGAGCCGGAGGAUGUCAAACUUACUGUCAUAGUGCCACCUCCAAGACCUCCCAUCAUCAUGGGUGACCGAAGUCCAAGAGAAGAGGGUGGGAGUCUACAUCUGACCUGUCGGUCAGAAGGGGGCCGUCCUCUGCCUUCACUAGCUUGGUACAACGGUACAAGAAGAUACUCCCACCUUACAAGCACCGGCGUUGUGUCUAACGACAACCUAUUGAAUGUCGUGGAACAAACAUUAGACGUGCCAUAUCUGGGGAAGUGGGACAACGGGGCGAAUUUCAGCUGCGUUGCUGAUCAGGGCUUACCGAAUUUAUUACCUCCAAAAACUACUUCCAUUCUCUUCCAGGUGCUAUACUCGCCUACAGUAUUCGUCCCUCGUACGUACUUCAAGGUACGGGAAGGUGAAUCUGCCAAUCUGACCUGUUUGACCAAUGGUAACCCGAUUCCUGAGGUGACGUGGAGAAAAACGAGCGCUAGUGGUGUUCAGCGGCGUGUGAACGACGUCAGAGGGCAAUCAAAUGUCAUUCAACCAGUGUCACGAUUAGAUGCUGGAACAUAUCAGUGCAAAGCUGAUAAUGGCAUACAACCUGUUGAUACUGCAUCCAUCAAACUGGAUGUCCUCUAUCCUCCCUCCAUCCGACCUACGUUCGAUGAAAAAGUCAACGUGCUUUAUGACAACGAGGAGGAGUUUUUCCUGGAAUGUAAAGCCGACGGAAAUCCGACCCCCCGUGUGAGAUGGAGACGGAAGAACACAGACCUGUACUUCAGCAACCCGUUACGCUUCUCACGUCUGGACUAUCAAACGGAAGGGACGUACGAGUGCGUGGCCGACAGUUCAAUUUUCCCUCAGGACGUUAAGGAUGCUGUGAUAGAUGUGAUAGGCAAGCCAGACAUUCGGGGAGACCCGGAGACGGCGCACGCCACGCAGGGCAGCUCAGUCACGCUGCUGUGUGAGGUGACCUCUGAUCCCUCUCCCGGAAGCAUCAUCUGGUAUUGGCGAAGUGUCGACGGCCAAGAGAUUGAACUGACAAAAGGAUCAAUAGACGGAUUAACAGUACGGCAGAAAACCACUGAUAGCUACACGGAGAGUUUGUUGAUAUUGGAUCACGUGAGCAGUGGCAGCUCCGGUGACUACAUCUGCAAGGCCAUCAAUAUGUUCGGAUCCGACACAAGAGAGUACCGGGUCAUUGUGUCGGGACCACCUGUUAUCAUGAUUGCGAUAGUAACGGGCGUUCUGGUUGUUUCCAUCCUGUUAACUCUGGUGGCGGUAAUCUUCAUAAUACGGCGCCGGGACGUCAUCUGUGGUAACAGGAGCCACGUGAAAGAAUGUAAAGAAAGUCAGCCCACGCAUCUCAAUAUCGAGCCAUGUGACGUGGAGCUUGACAAUGUGGAGUGCACAACGAAACCCAUCCCUCCGCCAAGACCUGACAAGGACCCUUACGCCAUUGGUAUCUCUUAUCCACGUCUUGGUGCACAUGUACGUGCCCCAGAGUAUUCCACAGCGGACAGACGGAAGCAGGCUGAAUGCAAACAUCCAUCACCGCACAGACACAGACACAAAAAAUACCACCAUAGAAACGACCACGUUGGAAGGGUCGAGAGAGACUAUCAGGUGCAACGCUGGGAAGUUGUGUCCAAGACAAAGGAUCUUCAACCAUAUGGAGACGUCUUUGUUGGGGAAGGCAGUAUGGAUAUUCCAGACAGACGGGAUUUCUAGUCUCCGUGAAUCAUGGAGACGAGUAAACCUCUGUUAACAAUAGCCUGGACCAAAUAAGAAAUCACUUUUCAAAUGAUCAAGCUUGGAUCAAGCUGCAUCGGUAAUGAUAUUACGGAAGAGGCAUUCCCGGAGAGAAAAAAUCGUCUGAAACUGUGGACGUUUCGCAGCUUCACAAAAGUUACCAUCAAAUGAAAUAAACUGUGCCUUUCAGGCAUGGUAGUGUCAAGGACUCCGACAGGAUUUAUAUAACAUUCUGCAGGCUUUGAAUGACUAAAUAUUCAAGAUACAAGGAGCGUAUAUACCGCCUUAUACC